AUGCCGGGCCGAUUGAUCCCCAACCUAUUGCGGAAUGCAAGUUCCCUACACUCCUCUGUCUCCUCGACCCCCAAUCACUCCAACUCCUCCUCGACCGUCUCCGUCAACGAGAUCCCUGGCGCAAAGAAGCCGGCGCACAACCACACUGACCGCGCACGAUCUCCUGAACGCCGCCUAUCAUUUUCUAUGGACCACCUGAUUCACCCGCACCGAGACCACAGCAAGGACAAGCGCCGCAGCCUAGGACGCGCGGGACGAUCCAAGGAGCGUUCGGGGCAUGAAAUCCCUCCGGCCGCCAAGCUUGAGGUCAAGGUUGAAUCCCCCCCACUCGUGUGCUAUGGCCCCCCUGCCAGCUCGACUGGUGCACUAUUCUCUGGCCGUUUGCGUGUCCUGGUCUCAGAAGCGAUUGGUGGUGUGACUUUGAGCCAGUUUGAUGUUCGUCUCAUUUCGAAGAGCACUACCAAGAAGCCUGUCUCCACGCAUUGCCCCAACUGCGCUACUCGCACCGAAGAGCUGACCCAGUGGAACUUCCUCACCGAGGAUCUGCACAUGAACAGCGGAGAACAUGAGUUUCCCUUCAGCUACCUGUUCCCCGGCCACCUCCCAGCGUCUUGCAAUGGCGCUCUUGGCCAAAUUGAGUACUUCCUGGUGGCGCAUGCUCAGAGCAUCACCGGUGAAGAAUACUCUCUCAAGUUGCCUCUGAACGUUCGCCGCUCUCUCCUCCCGGGCAACGACAAGUCCUCUAUUCGCAUCUUCCCUCCCACAAACCUCACCGGCCGCAUCGUUCUGCCUUCCGUCGUUCACCCCAUUGGCAAGUUCCCCGUCGACAUGACUCUGAGUGGAGUCGUCGACAAGGGUGACGAGACUCAAACUCGCUGGCGUCUACGCAAAAUGAUGUGGCGCAUUGAAGAACACCAGAAGAUCGUCUCCAGCGCCUGCCAGAAGCACGCUCACAAGAUCGGCGGAGAAGGCAAGGGUGUUCUGCACCAGGAGACCCGCAUCAUCGGCCACAAUGAGGAGAAGACUGGCUGGAAGACCGACUUCGACACCGCUGGCGGUGAAAUCAGCAUGAACUUCGAGGCCAGCAUUAACCCCGCCGCCAACGCCGUCUGCGAUAUGGAGGCCCCCGCUGGCCUGGAGGUCAAGCACAACCUGGUCAUCGAGCUCAUCGUUGCCGAAGAAUUCUGCCCCAACCGCAACACUCGCCUGAUCACUCCCACCGGCGCCGCCCGUGUUCUGCGCAUGCAGUUCCACCUUCACGUCACUGAGCGCGGUGGUCUUGGCAUCAGCUGGGACGAGGAGAUGCCUCCUGUUUACGAAGAUGUCCCUGCCAGCCCCCCAGGUUACACCAAGCCCGACGAUGCCCACAGCUAUUUCGAAGAUUACCACGGCUCCCCACUCCCGCUUCCGGACUACGAGGAUCUGGAACGCAUGGAUUCUCUGCGACUGGACAGCGAUUCCACCCACUCCUCCAACCGAUCUACUCGCGGCUCUGCCCGCAACCUGCGAUUCACAUCGGAUGACCUUGUCACCGGCGAAUCCCCCGCUCCCUCUCCUCUUCCUUCGCGCACUCCUUCUCGCGCUCCCUCUGUGGACUCCUCCCGUCACUAA